CACAAAAAGCGAGACCAUGUACAGUGAAAGAAGAGUUUUUGGUAAACGAUCGAUUUGUUCAUUAAGCGUGCGUACACGAGUCGAUUGGGUUUUUGCAUGAGUACUCGUACGUCAUAUAUUUACAGCUUGAACUUAAAUGUGAACUUGCGACGGCAAUGUCAUGAGCGUAUUAUGAAAUUAGUUGGUCAUUGUUGUGUCGCCUUCUUAACUCGCCGCAAGUCGGAGCAACAAGGAACCGGGGAAAAAAUAAAUAUUGACUAAAAAUGGACGCUCUCCAAAAUGAAACUGUGGAAUACAGUAUUUGGAAAAGCAAAGGAUAUGAUGCUUUCAUCGACGAGUGGUUCCUGAUGUCGUCCCCGGUGCCCGUGCUCUCCAUCAUGUCUGCGUACCUCCUCUUCGUGUUGAAGCUCGGACCAGAUUACAUGAAGAAGCGGCCGCCAUUCAACUUGAACAACUUACUUGUCGUCUACAACUUUGUUCAAGUACUGGUGUCUGCUUUCAUUGUUUACAUUGGUUUAGAGCUGAUUCUACCACACGGCAUUCUAUCAUCUGUAUGUGAGUUGGACAAGGCAAAAAUUGUACCACUGGCGACGGGAAUCUACUACUACUUCUCAGCGAAGGUGUCCGAGCUCCUCGACACGGUCUUCUUCGUGCUGCGGAAGAAGUAUAACCAAGUGACCUUCCUUCAUGUGUACCAUCACGCCAUAAUGCUUAUGAGCACUUGGUACACUCUGAAGUAUGAACCAACGUAUACCAUAGUCUUCCUUGGGACUCUCAACUCGUUCGUUCAUGUUGUCAUGUACUCGUACUACGCGUUGUCAACCUUCCCGGAACUAUCCAAGUAUUUGUGGUGGAAGAAGUACAUCACUUCAAUGCAAUUGAUCCAAUUCUUGGCGAUCAUCGUGCAAGUAUCAGCAAACUACUUCAUGUCGGGAUGCCCACCUUCCAUGUUUUUAAUGAAUGUCGUUCUCGGUAAUACCUGCCUGAUGAUAUACCUCUUUGGUGAUUUCUACGUAAAAUCUUACCUGAAGAACAAAGCAGACAAGGCAGAGAAAGAGAACACACACAAAAACAGCAAAGCGAACGGUGCUAAAACAAAUGACGUCAAAUUCACUGACGGUAUCAGUAACAACAACAGGUUGCACGAAAAAUCGCUGUAAAUUUUAGGUUUUUUAAAUUUCCUUUAAGAUAAUGGUACUGACACCAGUACACAUCAUCUAAUUUUAUUUUAAGUUAUACCUGUCAUUUACUUAUCCCCUGAAAAAGAAAGGGAAAUCGACAGGCAUAAAAUUUACGGAACACAUGACGAGUUUAUAUUGACCAAUAACCCGACAGAAUUAAGUUGACAGCACACGUCAAACGGGUUGCAUUAAUUUUAAAAAUUAACAGAUGUCAAUCAUCCGUCCCUUUCCUUUUUGGUGGAUAAGAAAAUGACAGUUAUAACUUAAAAUAAAAUUAGGAUAUGUCUGCAGGAAUCGGGGCCAUUUUAUUUUUUAUGUUAAGUAAUUAAAUUAUUUAUUUUUGUAUCGGAUUUCAUCUGUUUAUGAUUCAGUCUGUGAUAUAAUAUGAAGAAAGGAGCAAAGCUGCUGCACGUUAAAGCAAUAAACCAUGAUUCAUAGAA